AUGCCCUUGGACACAAUAUAUCUAACGCGCCAUGGUCACCGCCUCAAUUGGACGAUCGACUACAACACAGGCGCAUACAGAGCCCAGUUCCCAACUCCAACCGGGAACCCCGCCGACCCAACCCUAACCUCCCAUGGCGUCCGACAAUCGCACGAAUUGGCCGCGCACAUCGCAAGCCCAGGGUUCCAGCCCAAGCCGUUCCGCGUGUACUGCAGCCCCUUCUACCGCUGUCUACAGACGAUCCAGCCAACCGUCGAGGCGCUAAAGGCAAAGCAACAGCAGCAACAGCAGCAGCAGCACGAGGAAAGUAGCGACAUCGACGCCUGCGCGGACUUUGACGUCAGGGUCGAGAAUGGGAUAGGAGAUACAAGGGAAUGGUUCGGCCCAACCUCCUUCUUCGAACAUCCCUCCCCCGCCACACCGCCAACCCUCCACACCCACUUCCCCAGCAUCCUCCCGUCGGACCCCUCAAAGCACAAGCCGCACCUCAUCCCCUCGCCCCGCGGCGAGACCAUCGCCCAGCUGCACAAUCGCCUCGCCACCGCGCUCGCAGGCAUAAUCGCCGACGUGGACGCCGAGAUCGCGGCCCUGGAGGAGUCGCAGCGCCCCGACCAGCGCACCAGCAAGGCGCUGCUUAUCUGCUCGCAUGCGGCGCCGCUGAUUGCCAUGGGCCGCGCGUUGACGGGCGCGAUGCCGGACGAUAGUUCCACGGAGGACUUCUUUGUUUUCACAGCGGGGUUGAGUACGUUUCGGAGGAGGGGAAACAAGGUUGGCACCGCUGGGGUUGGGGUGGAGGCGUUGGCUCCCGGGACGAAGAUCCUGCGGGCUGAGACGAAGGUGCCGGAUUGGCGCGGUGGGAAGGGCGUCGGGGGUGGAUGGGACUGUGUGAAGAAUGGGGACUGUGGGUUUCUCAGUUCGGGAGCUGAAAGAGGCUGGUGA